AUGGCCGCCACGACUCAGUCCAGUAGAAAUAUUGUCGUGGUCGGGGGUGGGAUUGUUGGCUCUAGCAUAGCCUACUAUCUCUCCAAGGCCGUGGCAGGCUCGGUGACCCGAGCUGCUACCAAGAUCACGCUUAUCGAAGCUUCGUCAGCGCCUGCUCCUGGAGCAUCUGGCAAGGCGGGAGGCUUCCUCGCUCUCGAUUGGCACGGUGCGGCUACAGCAAGUCUGGCUGAACUCAGCUUCAAGUUGCAUCGUGCGCUGGCGGAUCAAGACGGCGGCCACGACAAGUGGGGAUAUCGAGAGGUGGAGACGUGGCAGGUCAACAUCGACUCGAAUCUCAAAGGCAAACCGAAAAACAACGAUUGUGCCAUCAGCUGGCUCGAUCAAGACAUCGUACGCUCCACGUCCAACAUGGGUGGCGGAGGCACAACCGCUCAGGUUCACCCCGGUCAAUUGACGCAGCAUCUCGUCGACGAGUCCCGCAGAGCAGGCGUAGAGGUCCUGUUCAACUCCCAAGCUAUCGCUUUGCGCUUCGAUGACAGCAAAAAGGUGGACAAAUUGGAAGUCCAGGACACCAAGUCUGGCAUCACCAAGACCAUCCACGUCGACGACCUUGUCAUUGCGGCUGGACCCUGGACCGGAUCGCUCGUGUCCAAGCUGUUUCCUCGGAACCUGCUGCCCGCCCAUCUCAAAUCUGCCUCCUCGAUCGACGGGUCUCGAGCUCACAGCGUUGUCAUCGAGUCGCACAGGCCGCUUUCGGCACACUGUCUAUUCACAGAUAUGGCCUACGGCGCUGGAGGUCGCAAGGCCGGCGCGCCCGAACUUUACUGUCGUCCCGACGGUACCGCGUACAUCUGCGGAGGCUCGGACGAUGUGCCCUUGCCCGAGACUGCCGACGAGGUAGGCUUCGACGAAAAGAAGAUCGUGGCGCUCAUCGAGCAGAGCAAGGUGCUGUCGCCGUCUUCUCUGGACUUGGAUGGUGGAGCCAAGUUACGCGCAAAGCAGGCCUGCUACCUUCCAGUCAGCAACCGGACAGGCAACCCGAUCAUCGGGGGCAAGGAUGGUGUCUACGUAGCAGCAGGACAUUCGUGCUGGGGCAUCACCAACUCGCUGGGUACUGGAAAAGUGCUUUCGGAGCUGAUCCUUGAGGGAAAGGUGCAGAGCGCCAACAUCCGCGGCUUGAUGCCAUAG